CAGCGAUUCGAGAUGGCGCGAAACGAGGAGAAGGCGCAGUCGAUGCUCAAUCGCUUCAUAACGAUGAAGAGCGAGGAGAAGAAGAAACCGAAAGAGCGACGCCCUUACCUCGCCUCCGAGUGCCGAGACCUCGCCGACGCCGACAAAUGGCGGAGCGAGAUUCUACGCGAGAUCGGGGUCAAGGUCGCCGAGAUCCAGAACGAGGGGCUGGGAGAGCACCGGCUCCGAGAUCUCAACGAUGAGAUUAACAAGCUGCUGAGAGAAAGAGUUCACUGGGAGAGGAGGAUCGUUGAGCUUGGGGGUCACAAUUACAUGAGGCACUCGGCGAAGAUGACGGAUCUCGAGGGGAAUAUUAUUGAUGUCCCAAACCCUAGCGGACGGGGUCCAGGUUACCGGUACUUUGGAGCCGCAAAGAAAUUACCCGGUGUUAAAGAGCUCUUCGAGAAACCACCUGAGAUCAAGAAAAGAAGAUCAAGAUACGAUAUCUACAAGAGAAUCAAUGCAAGUUAUUAUGGGUAUAGGGAUGAUGAGGAUGGUAUCUUGGAGAAGUUGGAGGGGCCAGCAGAGGCAGAGAUGAGGAAGAGAGCGGUUGAAGAAUGGAAAAAGAUGGAAGAGAUUAGGAAAGAAGCUAGAAAGGCAGUUAAGAGUGGGGAAGUCGUGAGUGUGGGGCCCGCGAUUAAGGAGAUUUUGUUUGAGGGUGUUGAGGAUGUGGUUGAGGAGGAGAGAGCUCUGGAGAGGGAGAGGGAGGAGAAGGAGAGGAAAGAAGAGUUUGUGGUUCAUGUUCCUCUGCCAGAUGACAAGGAGAUUGAGAGGAUGGUGUUAGAGAAGAAGAAGAUGGAGUUGUUGAACAAGUAUACAAGUGAUAUGUUGAUAGAGGAACAGAGUGAGGCUAAGGACAUGCUUAACAUCAAGAGGUGAUUUUGAUUGCUCCUCCUAUUGAAAUCUCUUAUUGACGGUUCCCGCGUUCCCAAUUAAAUAACUUGUAGAUGUCAAAGUGAUCCUCUAAAUGCUGAAUUAACAAGUUGCUGCAGAAAGAAGAUCUUGAUUCCGUAAUUUUCUGAGGCGUUUCUGCAGUUCAUUAUUGUAUGUCCAGUUCUGGUGUUGGGAUGUGUACACUGAGCUACACCUCGCUUCAGGCUCCAAUCAAGCCCCUUGAAUGAUCUCUAUGCUGCUUGUGUUACAGUGACCAAAAAUUAUAUACAGACUCAGCGAAAAACCAGGAAAAAAAAAAGUUUAUGUAGGUGAUUUAUGUAUAUUAGUAGAUGAGGCGCAUUAAUCAGAUGGAUGUUGUUUCUCUGCAAAAAUCGCUUGCUGGCUUGAGCUUAUCAGUAGCGCAUUCUUGAGUUCUAAUCUUUCUCUUGUCAUACUCUAAGAUGCUAAUAUCUAUGAUGUUGUGUUUUUAAUUUGCUUCUCAUCAAUGUAGACACAGGCAGUAUACAUUGCA